ACCCAACUUAGCGUCAUCAAGCGAAGCCGCUAAGCGCGGGCGGGCGUUGGAAGCCGGGGGCGGGCAAUGCUAGCAUAGAUAGUCGUGACGUAUGUGUUGUACCGCUGUGUUUUGUUCCUUUUCCUCGUAACUAGUUUUCAUCUAAAUAAGAAACAUUUCCGGUGACAGCUUCAACUUGUGUUGCGCGUGUGCAAGUGUUUAAUAUUGCAGAGCGUCCCCACAUCAAGAACCCGUUGGCGCGAAACUUUACGAACGUAACAUGCCUCGCGCGUGCACCAUAAAUUGGGCUUCUCGUGACCUUGAAAGAUAGCAGCUCAUAAAUGUGGAUCGCAAUGUGAAACCUCUGCAAGCCUCAGCCAUCUACUAACUCGUUAUGUCUUCUCGCACUGAAGCUCGCCGGAUCCUUGCAGUGAGCAAAAAGAAAACAGAUGGCCAGCGGUACUCCAGGCCACUCGAAAACAAAAAGUUCUAUCUUCACUUCAAGAACCGUCGACCUCCUCCCCAACUCAGCCAAGACCUCACGAGCCUGGGAGGUAGGGUAGAGCCAUUUUUCGGGAAGGACGUCUCGUGCGUCAUUACUGAUCAGCAGGAUCUCAGGCCUGCUUCAACACCGCCGAAACCAAAUUCAGUGGAUUCCAGUGGCCCGUCCACAAGUCCGUCUGUUUUUGCCGGACCGUCUACAUCAACGGCGCGAUCGGGUGAUCUGAACAGUAGUCGUCACACUGGUCGAGGACAAGCUCUUGUCCAAAAGGCGAUGCAAAAUGCGUCUGGCUCUACAGAUGUUCUCGAGUUGUGUCGGCAGUGGCAGAUAGAGGUCUGUUACAUUAAAAGCUUCCUUCCGUGGCUGCUGAAGCUCAAGGAGAAAGCCCUGCUGGAAAGUGCAAGGCAUGGGAAAGAGAAUGCAAAGACAAAACAGAAAUCUGAGAUUCCACAAAAAAUUGUACCACCUUUUAUCAAGAUAGAAGACAUGCAAUGUGUGUUCAAGCCACUUUAUCGGAGCCUUAAACAGUGGCCAGAUAUCACUGCUGAUCGCUGCCAACAGAGUGCACCUAAGCGCAAGGAAUCUGCCCCUGUGCCCAAGGAAUCUGCCCCUGUACCCAAGAAACCUGCACCUGUACCCAAGGAACCUGCACCUGUACCCAAGGAACCUGCACCUUUACCCAAAGAACCUGUUGCCGACAGUCAUCUAAAAGGGGUUCCGCUCAGGCCAGGCACAUCAAAAGCAGCAUCCCGGGUCAAGGUCACUGAGCAGAAGAAGCUUAAUUGUGAAAUUUGUGGUUGUUCCUAUAUCUGCCUGCAGAAACACUUGGAAUCGGAGAAGCACCAGAAGUUCAUGCAAAAUGAUAACAACUUCAGCAUCGUCAGUGACAUCAUUUCUGCGCUCCCCUGCGCCUUGCCAAAUCGUCUGGCUCAUCCUUUGUCAGAGAUAAAUGGUCAAGUCUGGUCAAUGGCAGGCCCUGCCUUCCCAUCAACCUCCAGUGACGAAGAAAACGUGCUGGGUCUUACUGCGGGUCGGCCCUGGUCUUCUCCUUCUCAAGCGCCAUCUGUCAGAAAGGGCCAUCCUGGUGUAGUCAAGCAGUCCGGAUUUUCUGGCACCAUCUCUGCCCUCAGGCAUCUGAAAGUUACGCGCAAGAAAUCUGUCCCCACUGCUGAAAAUCCAGAAGAGGCGUCUACGGCUGGUAGCUCACGUUUGAGGAAAAGGCCCGCAACAUUUUCCGAUUUUGAGACUGAGGCUGUCGUGAAGGAUGCCCGAAUGUUUUUGUGUUGCAGUGACUCAUGCAACAAGAAAGAGGAAUGCGUCCCUCCCAGCUUCUCAUCCGAACCCAAUGGAACAGCUAACAACCUCUUGGUUGGCCUAAACAUUGUGGGUGGUCACCCAGGAUGCACACCCGUCAAGAGUGCUGGAAACUUUGACCACAACAUGAGUGAAAUUUUUGACAAGGUAUCGGAAUUCAGUGACAGUUCGACAAUGGAAUAUUCAUGGACCGAUGUUGUGAGUGGUGUUGUUCCCGAGCCAACCCCGUCCAGAAGACAGUGCGUUGAAGCAUCAGAUCCAGACAGUGGUGACAGUUUUUUGCUGUUUGUGUCUCGUGCCAUCGCUGAGGAACAGCCAAAAACUAGUUGUGCCACAGAAAAAAAUACAAACAGAUUGCGUGCAGGAAACAAUGAGGGCUUGUGUUUGGGAAAUGAUGUACAUACUGCUGUUAAACCAGAGCCCGUGACAAUGCGUUUUUAAUGCAUGUAGUCUUAACUGUUGUGCAAGUGCAUGAUUAACUUAAAUUGAUUAGGUGCAAUGCGGUUAGAAAUAGAACUUGCACAGGUGUGGUGGGUUGAUUUCAGAAAUCUUGUUACCUUUUAAACUUUGAAGUGUGCACUUGUGAAGCUCCAAAAAGUAUGAAUGUUUUUCAUUCAGCCAGAUUAUUUGUAACUUAUUUCUUCCUUUAUAAUGCAUGAAACUGUCUCUGUACAUAGAUUCAUUGGCAAUAAAGCACGUUUCAUGAUGUGAUUGGU